CAUUGCACAGAAUAAGAAAGCAUCCCACUGGAUAAUGCACUGAUUAUAAUGUACAAGAAACAGUGAGGCAUAUACUGCUAGACUGAAACAAAUGUGAAGAAAAUAGGGCAGAAUUAAAGGCACAAAUGGAUGAACAAAACAUUUAUUAGGCAAAGCAUCUGGGAGAAUACACAUUUAAAAAAAAUAUAUUUUUAGCACUGGGUUAAGUGAAAUAAUUUAAUAUGAAUAUAUAGUCUAAGCAAGAUAAGUAAAGUUUGGUGGAAAUGCAAGACAUUUUUCCUCCUCCACUUUUCAUUGGAUGUUACGAUAAUACCCAAACUCCAAUAUAGUAGGUGGCGGUAAUGCGCCUUUGAGAUGAGUUGUCAACUACCAUUAAACCUGGUAGAAGAAGAUGAUGACGUCAUCUAGCGCGCGCUCUGCUAGCGUCCAGUCUCGUGAGGCGAACAGUUCGCGGUACUUCACGUGUUUACUUUAUUGUAAAACACACUUAACCGUUUAAGCAACAAAGAGAUCUGCGCCUCCUUUUGUGAAGCUCUUCCCACAACAGCAUCACCUUCAGUGAAGCUCCUCCCACAACAGUAUCACCUUUAUCGAAGCCCCCCCACAACAGUAUCGCCUUCAGUGAAGCUCCUCCCACAACAAUCACGCCUUCAGUGAAGCUCCUCCCACAACAAUCACGCCUUCAGUGAAGCUCCUCCCACAACAACCGCGCCUUCAGUGAAGCUCCUCCCACAACAACCGCACCUUUAGUGAAGCUCCUCCCACUGCAGUUCAUCAAUAAAUGCUGGAAUAUUCCCUUCAGUCUACAAGUGAAGACGAACAUCAAAUCAUCAGGAAGAAGUGAAAUCUGCAGAGAGAGUCUUUAUUGAAGGACAGAGAAAACAUGAGAGAUCUAGAACCCUGCAGAAUCAAACACAUUGAAGAACAAACAGAGUUGAUUGAUGAAAACAAGGAGCAUGAAGAACUGAAUAAAGAGGAGGACAAACAUGUCAAAACUGGAGAAAAAAGUCGCUCUCAAACCAAACAGAAAGUUUUAAAGAAGAAAAGAGAUGAGAAAUCUUUCAUCUGCACUCAGUGUGGAAAGAGUUUGACAUGCAAACAGAGUCUUGAAAAUCACAUGAGGAUCCACACUGGAGAGAAACCAUUCACAUGUGAUCAGUGUGAGAAGAAUUUCAGACAAUCGGCACACCUUAAGAUGCACAUGCACAUUCACACUGGAGAGAAACCUUACAAGUGUUCGCAAUGCAACAGUGGAUUCAGUCGGUCAGGAGACCUGAAAACACAUGAGAGGAUCCACACGGGAGAGAAACUGUUCACAUGUGAUCAGUGCGGGAAGAGUUUUACAGAAUCAUCAAACUUUAAGAAACACUUGAACAUCCACACUGGAGAAAAACUGCAUGAAUGUUUUCAAUGCGGAAAAACAUUUUUGUGGUCCUCGGUACUGAAGAAUCACCUGAAAAUUCAUUCAAAGAUGAAACCACAUUCAUGUUCUUUGUGUGGAAAGAGUUUUUCACAACUGCAGAGUUUAAAAGUUCAUCAGAAGAUACACACUGGUGUAAGAGAAUAUAAGUGCUUUGAUUGUAAGAAGACUUUUAUUAGAGCUCAACAUUUGAAGCGCCACCUGAUGAUCCACACUGGAGAGAAACCCUAUCACUGCACUGUAUGCAGGAAGAGUUUCAAUCAAUCAUCUAAUCUACGCGUUCACAAAAAGAUUCACAGUCAGUAGAUCAUCUUCAGAUCCAACACUUUCAGGUCUGACGUCCUCACGAAACGUGACACAAUAAUGUGUCAAGAAAUAAAGCAUCUUCUGUGUAAAUCUGUCCUAACAAACAAACAUUAUCUAAAGUCACAGUGAAUAAAGUUCAUCUUCAAGA